UCUGGUUCAGCUUCUUCUAAUUUACAAGCAUUAAGUCAAAUGGUUUCCUUAAACAUGCAUGCUAUAGUCAAUCCUAUUCCCAGUGUUUCUACUACAGGGAAGCCUCUAGUUGUGGCUUCAACCAGCUCUUUAUCCUUUGACUCAGUUCAGCUGACAGAAGCUACCAGGCCUAUGAGAAGGCUUUAUGUAGAAAAUGUUCCUGCUUCAGCCUCUGAAAAAGCUAUGAUGGAAUCCUUCAAUAAUUUUUUGCUUUCCUCUGGCAUUAGUCAUAUCCAUAGGACCAAACCAUGUAUUAGCUGUAUUAUACACAAAGGAAAGGGCCAAGCUCUUGUUGAGUUCCUUACGCCAGAGGAUGCUUCUGCAGCUCAUUCUGUUGAUGGCAGUAUUUUCUCUGGUUCCGUUCUCAAAAUCAAACGGCCAAAGGACUUUAUUGAACUGGUUUUCAGACAGUUGCUAUUUUCAUGCAGACUGGUGAACUGGAGAAAUCAGGAGCAACAGCGAUCACAGUCAGUGAUGUUGUGGAGGAUUCACAUCACAAGAUAUUCAUCGGUGGAAUUUCAAAGGUUCUUUCAUCUGAAAUGUUCUGGGAGAUUGCUAAUUCCUUUGGUCCUUUGAAGACAUAUCACUUUGUUAUGAACAAGGAUCUUGGUGAACAAUAUGCUAUGCUCGAGUAUGUCGAUCAAUCUGUUUCUCACAAAGCCUGUGCUGGUCUGAAAGGAAUGAAGUUGGAGGGUAAGUAAUCACUGCAGUUGAGGCUGUUCCUGAUGGCUUUUCCUCGGAAAAUAGUGGAGAUCUAAAUUCCUAUAUUAUUCCUGAAUUUGCAAGGCCACUUCUUCAGAAGCCUACUCAAGU